CAUAAUAGAGGAAGGAGAUUAUACUGACUAGAUAUCUGUAGUUCACAAAACAAUUAAGCAACACUUGAUAAGCAACACUUAAGCAACACCUAAAUAAACAUUUAUUUAUUUAUUAUUUAUUUGAGCUAAAGCAGUUUAAAUCAGCCUGACAACCCAUCAUAGAAAACGUAAAUGUUGCAAGAGGGAGUGAGAGGCGAUCAGCUGACGCCAUCAACACAACACCCGCCGCUGCCAUCACCAAGAGCUCACAUUCACGUAAUCAUCCUCAACAUAAAGGCGUCCACCAACAUCAGUACUGGUGCAGUCAUCGGGAGGACAAACCCUUCAUGCAAACUGCACCUACUAUCAACAAGAAGACAUUCACGGACCAUCAAGAAGGGGCGCAUCUGAUCCCUCGAUGCCCCUCAACCACUCACUAACAACAACCAUCAAGAAGACGCGCACGUUACCAGUUAUCAAGGGGAAAACCUUCACGUAUCAUAAAGAAGAAAAUCACAUUAAAGUUUUAAAUCUCCAGUCGUCGUCGCUCCUGAAUCAACAACAUUAAGAAAUGAGACUUAAAUGUCAGGCUGAUUUAAGAUGACCGUGAAGCUCAACACGCCUCGGCAUCACGCCCUAGUCAUCAGCUGAAUAUAAUCUUCACGCUAACUGCACACAUCUUAAAGAAUAAGAGCAGUCAUAGUGCAUCCUUACAGCAGAUGAAUUCCAGUUGCAGUGACAACAAACAGUGCCAUAAAUAAGUUCUAUAUGUACAAAAUCUGAGCAGUUUGGGGUACUAUAUGAAUGCAAUAUGCAUGUGUAUAAUACAUAAAGUAUUUCAUGUACAGUUUUAACAUCUAGCCAACUGAAGGUCACCCAAAUAUCAUCACUAAUGUGACUUUUGUUUAGAUUUGUUGAAUUUCUGUGGAGACUUUUGUAUUUGCCCUUUGUCCAAUCUAUAUGAAUAUUCCUAGUUUGAUUUUUUUUUUUAUUAAAUUUGUCAUUUGAAAUUGUACAGAAAUAAUAACAACAAAUAAUUGUGUUUGCUCUAUUUUGUGCACAAUUUCACCAAAUGUAGCACUCGGCACUAUCAAGGAAUGUUUUGUAAUGCCAGCAGUUAGGGCAUCAUCACUCAUUUGUCUUCUUAUUUUGGUCACUGUGUUCUUUUAUCUUGCCUUUAGUUACAUUCCUGCUUCAAUGUUUUACAGAUACAGUUUAUUUUUUAAUAACAAAUUACUGUAUAUUGGUUUUCUUUAAAAUCUCCUUGAUUUUUAACUUUAUUAUAUUUUGUAUUUAUCAUUACUGUAUUAUUAUAUUUAGUAUAUUAUCAUUUUAUAAAGUUUCAGGUUUGACAAAGUGUUUUCUAAAUAAUCAAACUGUGUAUGACAUGAAUCAUAAUUGUAGCACUUUCACUAGAAAAAUCAAUUAAUUCCACUGAUUUUAUAAUUAAAUUGCAUAUCAGUGUAGUACAUUGCAGUACUGUAAUAAAUUAUUUCAACAAAUAAUUGAGGACAUAGGUAUUUUUAAGAGUAAUGCCUGACUUGAACUGAAGUCCAGGAUGUAUGAAGCCAACUGCAGGUAAAAAGGAUUUAAAUGGUAGAAUUGAAUGCUACUUCCAGGGUGUAAAAGAAAUAACUGGUAUGCCAUUUUAAACAUUGCAUAAUCCAUAAUAAUCCACCCCAUAACAUUUGUAAAUAUAUAGAUUUUUUUUAUUUCUCCCAAUUAUAUAUACCACAUGCAUCAAUUUAAAAAAACAUACAGUUCAGGAAUAGCUGUAUAUGAUACAUAAUAUGUAUAUGUAUAUAUGUAUAUAUAUACAUAUACAUAUACAUAUACAUAUAUAUGUAUAUGACCAUAAUCAGCUGUAUAUAAGCUCAUAGUAGCUGUAAUUUGUGUUCACAUUUAUAUGAUAUUGCUCUUUUUAAUUAAGCUAUAGAGACCAUUUAACAAAAACUGUAUCUUUGUUUAAUGUUCUUAAUUUAUUUGCACAAAAGCAUUAUCUAGUAGAAUGAAUGCAUCCUGUAGUGGAGGAAAACCAUUAUAGAACUUUGAGUGUAUAUUAAAUAAAAUUCAAUUCAAUAUUUCAUUUCUCAAGCUUGUUAUUAAAGGAAAAAUGCUUCUUUGCAAAGCAAACACAAAGCAAUAGGAACAUAUCUCCAAGUUUAUAUAGUUGGUAUUAUACUGCCUUCCCAUCCUCCCCACACAAAUAAAAAUAAUCUUAAAUCUAUCUUCGUGGCAAUGGCUCAAGGAAUCGCUGCCUCUACAACAGCUCGGUCACUACUUGGAGACCAUAUCCAUCGUCACACAAAAAAAUCUGCAGUUGUAAUGCAAGUUCCCACAAAAGAGAAAACAUACAAGUGUUCUUUUUGUGUGAAAGCUUUUUCACGAAAAAAUCACCUUGUAAAUCAUUUAAGGACUCACACAGGAGAGAAACCAUAUCAGUGUUCAGUGUGUCAAAAAUACUUCUCACAACAAUACAAUCUAGUAACACACUUGAGAAUUCAUACAGGAGAGAAACCUUAUCCAUGUUCAAUAUGUCUGAAAAAUUUUUCAAAAAAAAAUGAUCUAAUAAGACACACAAGAAUUCAUACAGGAGAGCAACCAUAUCAGUGUUCAGAGUGCUUAAAAUAUUUUUCACAGCAAAGUGUUCUAGCAAGGCAUAUGAGAACUCAUACACGUGAGAAUCUGCAUCAUUGUUCAGUAUGUCCAAAAGAAUUUAUACAAAAAUCUCAUCUAAUAAUUCACAUGAGAAAUCAUACAGGAGAGCAACCAUAUCAGUGUUCAGAGUGCUUAAAAUGUUUUUCACGACAAAAUGGUCUAGUAAGACACAUGAAAACCCACACACGAGAGAAAGUAUAUCAGUGUUCAGAAUGUCUUAAGGACUUUACACAAAAAUCUCAUCUAAUAGGGCACAUGAGAAUUCAUACUGGAGAAAAGCCAUUUAAGUGUUCAAUAUGUCCCAAAACCUUUACACAAAAGUCUCAUUUAGUUGUACACACAAGAAUACAUACAGGGGAGAAACCACAUCACUGUUCAAUAUGUCUCAAAGACUUUUCCAAAAAAUCUCAUUUAGCAACACACACAAAAAUUCAUACAAGAGAACAAACGUAUCAGUGUUCAAAAUGCUUUAAGUAUUUUUCUCAACAAAGUCAUCUAGUAAAACACAUGGCAAUUCAUUUUAAAGAAAAGGCAUUUGAAUGUUCUUAGUGAUAGUGAUACAACUUGUACUGUAUAUGGUUUGAGCCGCCACAAUGCAUGGUUACAGUAAACACAUGAACAACAAGGUGAUGGAUCAACUAUACCUUCUAAAUUAGUUUAUCAGUAAAUACAAAUACAAUAUUACUGUGCCACAGCAGGGACAAUACAUGCAGUCUCUGAAAAGUCAUUACCUGGUACUGUGGAGCCUCGAUUAACGAAUUUAUUCCGUUCCAGCACCGAGCUCGUCAUGUGAAACGCUCAUCUUGCAAAACAAAUUUCCCCAUUUAAAGUAAUGGAAAUAAAAUUAAUUCGUUUCACCCCCCCCCGAAAAACAUCAAUAUGACAUUUUAUAAUGUAAUUAUAAUACUGUACAUUUAAUUAUUAUAAAUGUUGUGUUUUACUGUUUUCAAUUGUACUUAAAAAGCACAAUUGAAUUUGUCCGAGAAUUUGCGAGAACCGCACCACGUGGUUUGCUUGUUAAUCGAGACAAUUUGUCCGCGAGUGGCUCGCUUGUUAUUUGAAAUGCUCGUAGAUGGGGCUGCUCGUCACUCGAGGUUCCUCUGUACAUGUAAUAAUUUCUUAUACAUUGAUAAAAUAUUUAUAUAUAUGAAAAUCUUUUUCCAGCAAUCAUAGCAUGAUAAGUGUGUCCUGAGACUAUAUGGUCUCAGGACAAAGUAAUAUAU